CGACAUGUUUCUCGAAAAUGAAGUGCUUGUAGUCCGGUCUUGCCGUGCCCCUCUUAAACCCCAUGUCGACUAGGUUUGGGUGGGAAAUUGGGACCCAAACUCUGAAGAUUUCGCUGGAAUAUCUCAAGAGACAGUGGGCCGUUGGUUUCGUCUCGCACCGACACCUGACAGCCAUGUCGCUGAAGAGCUCCAGCAGUGUGGCUCAGGCCAAAAGGACUGUGCAGCAGCUGAGGAUGGAGGCCAGCAUCGAGAGGAUCAAGGUGUCAAAGGCGUCUUCUGACCUGAUGCGGUACUGUGCAGAACACGCCAAGAAUGACCCGCUGCUGAUGGGGCUCCCCACUUCAGAAAACCCUUUCAAGGACAAGAAACCUUGCACAGUUUUGUAGGACCAGGGUAACCUGAGAGUCAGGUGGUGUUCACAACUUGCCUUCAGGCCAAAUUCCUUCUCCGGUUUGCUCAGCACUCUCAUGAACCACAGGGCGGUCAGGACUCCAUGACUGACCUUCAACCAAACCUUUAUGUGUCAAUGUUGGUCUCAGCAUUAUUAUCUUGAUGAUCUACAAGGCUAUGAGAAACAAGCGCUCGUGACUCCUCUAAUGACCCCGGCGUGCAUAAACAACCCCCUCAAUCACUGGUCCAAUCAGAUUGCAGCUUUCAGACUCCACUUUCAUCAGCCUUGCGAGGAAAACGGUUGUCGCUCACUGAUAAUACCUUUGAGAUAACAAUUUCCUGUCAAUGGAGCUAUGUUGGCCUGUACAGGAGGAUGAAUGGAGCGGUCAAAGGUCCAUCACACUCCUCUCACAAGUCAAGCUUGUGAACAUGAGCAGCAUGUAAAGGUCCUAAACUAUGGAGGUUCCACUGUGGGCAUUGAAAAAUAAACAUUCGAAAGAAAGGAUUGGCUUAUUGAAUUGCAUUUAUAAACAGGAAUUAACAUUGCUUUAUGGAGAAGUAAAAACAAAACCGAGAAAUAUAUUAACUGUACCAAUAGGAUUUUAUUCAGUCAUAUUUUUUUUAUCCAGUAGAGGCAACUUCCUGUGCAAUUAAUGCACUGUAGAUACUUAUCUAACCUACUACCCAGUCGUAGGUACCAUGUAAUUCUGUAAACCUUUUUUCUGUAUUUACUCACAGCUGCAAAGUUUGAAUCGUCUUUUUAACAUCUCUGUUGGGCAGAGCUGGCGAGCCACACAAAAUACAUUUCCAUAACAGCGGUUGAAACCUGGUUGGUAUGAUGCAGUGUGUUAAUAAGCGCGAACACACUGCAUGCUGCAAGCAUGUAACGGACUUUGCACACAAUGGACUUGGUCAUGCUGUCACCAACCGUAUCGUAUAACUCCAAGUAGGAAGCUUGAUUCAUUGGGGGUGUCUCUGUUGCCACUUCCUUGCAGUUAACAGUUAUUCUAUUGUUGUGGAGCAUCAUGUAGGAAAAAAGCUUGUUUCAUUUUUCUACUUCCUUCUCUCAGUAUAGAAUGAUUUGUUUUGCAUUUUUCAUUAUUUCCUUUUUUUUGCUACAAAGCCAUUACUGGCAACUGUAUUAGCCUAAACUUUUUUACUAUCCUAAGACUACACUUCUUUUUUAACAAACUUUGGUGAACUACUAGUCUUCUUGUUUCCUAUUUUAAUGAAAUCCAUUUGCAGCUCUUUGUUUCUUUGUUGUAUUUUUCCGGUCAUUAAAAAUCUAUUUACCCUCAUC